UAGAAACCUAAAAAAAGAAGAAGAAAUUGUAAACAUUAAAUUUUCUAACCAAAGAUGUGUUGUUAAUUUAUUUUAAACAAAUUGCAGCAUGGUUUUGAUUUUAAGGACAUUGUUUUCUAAAGAAUUUAAGAAACCGCGUAGUUAUUUACGCAACAAGUUUAUUGAUUCUGUGAGACUCCACGUUAAAGGCGGAACCGGAGGCACUGGUCUUCCUAAGUAUGGAGGGCUGGGUGGCCAGGGGGGCUGCGUGUAUUGCAUCGGUAAAGAAGAUGCAAAUCUUAGAAAUAUCAUGAGCAUGUAUCGCGGAAAGACACUGGUGGCCGGCCAUGGAGAAGACAGUCGAAAAACGAAGAUUGUCGGUAACCCUGGAACAGAUGUUAAACUUGAGGUCCCUCUAGGAGUUACAGUGUACCGAGAAGACGGGAAAGUCCUAGGAUCUAUAGACAGUGAAGAGGAAACAGUCAUACUAGCUAGAGGUGGCCCCGGUGGCACAAAAGAAAAUAACUUUCUUGGACACUUUGGGCAAAUUCACCAUGUACGUCUAGAUCUUAAAUUAAUUGCUGAUAUCGGAUUAGUGGGAUUCCCUAAUGCUGGAAAAAGUUCACUGCUAAAAGCGAUUUCUAAAGCUAAACCUAGAAUAGCCAAUUAUCCUUUCACUACAAUCAAGCCAAAUAAGGGUGUUAUGCACUAUGAAGACCAUAGACAAAUAUCAAUAGCAGAUUUGCCUGGACUUAUUGAAGGAGCCCAUGUUAAUAUAGGAUUAGGACAUACAUUUCUGAAGCAUGUUGAAAGAACUAAAUUAUUACUUUUCAUAGCAGAUGUUCAAGGCUUCCAAUUGAGUCCAAAAUAUCCCAAGCGGUCAUGUUUAGAGACUGUAAUACUUCUUAACAAGGAAUUGGAACUUUACGACCCAGAGUUGCUUGAGAAGCCUGCAAUACUAGCUGUUAAUAAAAUGGAUCUGCCUGGAGCUAAAGAUAUCUUUACAGAUGUCAGAAAUUCUCUGGAAAAUAUGAAAGAAGUGUUACAUAACAUACCAGAGGAGCUUAGGCCGGAAAAGUUAGUAACAUUCCAAGAUAUUAUUGGAAUAUCAGCUUUGCAGAAUACACAUAGUAUACAGGAGUUGAAAUUGAUUCUGCGGAAGAGAUUAGAUCAGUAUGCGGAAGAGAAUGACCCAGACAUUGUGGACUCGGACUUGCUGUAUAAAAAAAAUAAAGCUAUGAUUAGGGAAAGAGGACCAAAAGUCACAUAAAUAAAGAUUAAAUUAAAAUAGGCAUUUUAAUUAUCCCAUACAGACACAUUCUUUAUCUCUUACAAGGCAGAUGGAUCCAGUGUCAUAGCACCAACCAAUAACAAGUGAUA